UGGGCGGGGUGGCUCAGUAGCUGGGCGGCGUUGUUUAGUAGUUGGGUGACUGGGCGGCUUAGUAGUUCUGUCACCAGGAGAGACUGAAGACUGAAGACAUGUCCGCAACGGUGUACCUGAUAGCCUGUAUAGUCGGCCUUGUCCACGCAGCCCCUUACUACCAGCCUUACUGGCAGAGUUAUCCUGUUUACCAUGAUUUCCUGGGAUCAGCUCAUUCGGAACCAGCACAUCCGGGACCAGCUCAUCUGGGACCAGCUCAUCCAGGUCCAGCACAUCCAGGUCCAGCACAUCCCGGCCCAGCACAUCCGGGACCAGCACAUCCGGGCCCAGCACAUCCGGGACCAGCACAUCCGGGCCCAGCACAUCCGGGACCAGCACAUACGGGGCAAGCUCAUCCGGGACCAGCUCAUCCGGGACCAGCACAUCCAGGUCCAGCAUAUUCGUGAUGUGUCUAUGAAAUCGAACUGUUUUUUUUAACUUGAUAAACUGUUUAAUAUAUGGUCUGAAUAAACAAUAAAAUACAGAA